AUGGCUAUUUAUUCAUGUCCCUCGUCUUUUAAGUAUUUCGUAGUGAAUUGUCUUUCAAUAAAAUUUAAUUUUCAAAAAACGGAGAAUAGAUACGAAAUUGACACGCAUUUGAAUUUCGAACACAUACGAAAAAUCUGUUACAACAGUGUUACCAUUUGCAAAAGUAACGAUUCAAAUAUUUGUGCAAUGAGGUUAUAUAACAACGAGACGGAUUAUAAAGAUUUUGAAAAUUCGUGUUUUUUAUUUAUUAAUAACAUGUGUCAGGAUUAUGGAAAAGAAUUCUCCAUAGUAUCUGCAGGACUUUGUUCAGAUUACUUGAAAAUCAGAAGAAAUUUUGAUAUGAACAACAAAACUGUAGCUACUAAUAGUCAUAAUUCAACGUCUACCAUUUCAAGUACUUCGAAAAACGUUACGACAAAACCAGUAAUGCGAGCGGAAACAACGUUUAGCACUGUCUACGAAAUAGACACAGCCUUUGAUUACCACAUCUGCCCCUUUUCAUGUCCAAAUGUGUAUAGUCCAGUGUGUAUUGGAGUCAACCGAGGACAUGGAAUGUAUUACAAGUUCUUCACGUUUGUAAACCAUUGUGCUGGCGAUUUGUAUUAUUGUAAAAAUUGGAGGGAAUUCAGUCCGCCUCCCGACGAAGAUGAAAUGGUGAAAAGUUCGCCGUUGAGCUGGUCAUACUGCGCGGCUAAUAGGUACAUACAGUUCGCGAGAUUCACAGAGAUGACAUCGUCGAUGGGACAUUAUGGAUGGCUGGCUGGCGAUUUUAAACCUACACACAUAGUUGAACCUCACGAACGAAUGCCAGGAUAUGGAUGAAAAAAUAAUAAUUAAAUUUUUAUCACGUCAA